UUGAAGCUAACAGGAGUCUGAGGUUUAAAGAUUGUACACGAACACGUUGGAGUUUGUACAUAUUUCCGUACGUGGUGGAAUACUCAACGCCACAGUGUGACGGCAACGUCUCGGGCUGCACUCACGGCAGGAUCGUCGAGAUGGCAAACGCCACGUCCAACAUUACGAGACCUACGAUAAAAUCGUGGGGUUUUGUUCUCAUGGUUCUUUUCUUCAUUGGUGUCUACGGGAUUUAUAGAAACAAGUUUAUGGAAGAACCCCAAGUCAGGCAGCCGCCCUACAGGAUUCUCAACAGGACGUUUAAAGGGGAAGGUGCCUGUGACGCCAAGCGAAACUUCAUGUUCGUCAAAGUGCACAAGGCGGGAAGCACGACAGCCACCUGCAUCUUCCAACGCUUCGGGUACGAACACAACCUGACCUUCGUUCUGUCCGUGAUCAAGAGUGACGUCGGUUGGCCCAACCUCUUGAGACAAGAAGACUUCAUACCGUCGGCAGACGGUACUUAUAAUGUUCUAGUCGAUCACACGGUUUACAAUAGGCAGUUGUUAGACCAUCUGAUGCCCACUGACACUGUGUACAUCUCUAUCCUUAGGCAGCCACUGGCUCAACUUCGGUCUGUGUUCAACUGGUAUGGCCUUGCUAAGAAAAUAAAAGGGUUGGGCCGGUCAGAUCCGGUUGCGUCCUUCAUAAAAAGUCCCAACCAAUUUCACGUCCCUUACGUCAAAGCCCUUAGCCAUACAAGACAACCAUAUACCCUUGAAAAGAAUUUCAUGGCGUAUGACUUAGGGUUUCCUCUCGGACUGUCUGACAGCCAAUCGUCCAUUGAUGAGUUUGUCGAAACGCUGUCCAGAGAAAUUGACCUGGUUCUUAUUUUAGAACAUAUGGACGAAUCUCUUGUCUUGCUGAGGAGGAGGAUGUGUUGGGCCUUAAAAGACAUUCUUUAUAACGUCGAACCCAAAAACCUACGAAGUUAUAAAAAAACACCAAUGAGCACGGCCUUGCUGAAUCAGCAUCGCCGAUGGAGCAAUGUAGAUUAUCAGCUGUACGAUCACUUUAACGCAACGCUUUGGCAGAAGAUUGGAAAAGAGGGCGCUGAUUUUCUGCACGAGGUGCACCAUUUUCGAAACGUGCUGAAUCAAACGACUAUCUUUUGCACCAAAGCAAUGGUGAAAGUACCUGCUUUUGACGAAAAACACAAAAACGUUGUUAGGUCGACAUUUGCGUUGAAUGGGAAAGCUAGCAAACUGACCAUUCCAAAGACAGCGUGGCAUGAAGAAUUUGACAUAGACCCGGCCUUGUGUCUCAAACUAAAAAUGGAGUGGGUUGAUUGGGAACAUGUUCUAAAAAAGAAACACAAAAUGCCUCAAAAUAUAUCUUCCGGCAUCACAAGGGCUAUCGAAUAUCCUAGCACCAAAGUUCUGGAUAAAUCUCUAUUGCUAAAAAUCUUUGACGUUGAUUAGAAAUAUGACAUUUUGGGGGGGGGGGGGCGCUGUACGCUGUAGUAAUAACGAUAAAUCUCCAAAUGACAAUUAGGCCACAGCAAGUAAAUUGUAUGGAUGACAUCAGUGUGCUCGCUGAAAACAACACAACUGACAAACCACAAUUACGUCACAGAUUGUGUUACCUACGGUCAUUUGUUAUAUUUGAUUUCUAAUAAGAACCCAUAUUUUAGGCAUUUACCUUGUACCUGAGCAUUAUAAGAGCUGUCAAAUAUACGACAUAGUCCAAUAAUUGUUAAGCAUUGCACUAACCAUCUGCUUUGUUAGUACUGAAAUAUAUUUGAAGAAUCACUGUAAGCGGAUAUGUUUUUUUUUCUUCCUUGGAGAAAGUCACAUUUUAUGCGGGAAUGAAAACUCGACACUGUACAUUUAAAGUUGAUGUUACUUUGAUACUAGUAGUCUCAUCUUUUUCAUUCUUAUUGGGGUAGAUUUUAGUUCAUGAACAUUGAGUUCUUAGUGUGUUCCAGUACUCUUUUUAUAGAUUUCAGUGUUUCAUUUUCUUGUUGUUAACAUUGAAUCUGUUUUAGACUUGCUAAUAAAGACUCACUGACAUCUUGACUUGUCUAAUGUCUGUGACUAAUGAAAGAUAACGGAUGUUGAUUAACAGGAAGUUCAUGUGUUGAUAAGAUCACGUGUCUAACUUUCGAGAGUUUUGAUUCUCACUUUAAAGAAUAGCCAGUAGAUAUUAGGUACCCUUGUGAGUAAUGAGGCUGUACAGUUCUUCACUUUACUCAGGUG